AACCCGUGGACCGCUUACACGCAUUCGAUUUACGCGAUCGAAUUCCGAAUUUUAUAUUCGAUUUAUAAGUGAUGUGUUGAUGAAUCGAUUUGUAGUGCAUUAAUCGUGACAGUGCUCCGUUCAUUCGUAUUACACGUCAGUGGAGAUAGUCAUAACCAGUGCUGUAUUUGUGUUACAUUUUAAUGCAGAUUGACGUAAUGCAAGUUUGUGACAUGUGAAGUAACUUAAAGGCUGAUCGGUCUACCUGGACUACAAACUCUAGUAAUAAAAAUAUCAAAGUUUGAUCAGGAUGUGUUAUGAACAAUAAAAACAUAAGUGUCAAGGUGAGCCCAAAUAAAGAUUCUAAUCACUGGGUAAUACCGGUUAGAAAAAAAUGUGUUCUAAUUGAUACGGCGACCAAUAUUGGUACCAAUGCGGGCUACUAAGAUGACGUCUUCGCAUUGCCGGAGCGCGACUCCGCCCCUCUCGCGGACUUCGUCAACAGAUCUUGCGGCUUGUCCUAUAUCGCCGGACGUGUCGCGGCGAGCGCUGUCCCCGGACUUGUCUCUAAACUUCACGCGCCACCGGCCCCUAUCCCCGGACGUAUUGGAACAUUGCAGACCUCUGUCCCCGGACUUCGCGCGAAGGUCUCGGUCCCCGGCGAGGCCGAGAUCCCUCAUGGAGUCUCUGUUGGUCGCGAAAAUGGAGGCGUUGAGCACGGGGAAGUUAGUGCGGACUGAUUCCAUGGAUAGUUGCAGCAGUUUCGGGUCGAUGUCCUCUCUUCCUAGUGAUGUGUGCAGAUGUGAUGAUUGUUUACUUGGCAUAGUGGAUUUUUAUAUGCCCAACCCUUCGGAAGUGAAUAAGGCGUUCAGAAAGCAAUCGGAAAGAUGGCGUAAACUCCGCAACAUAGUGCAGUGGACGCCGUUCUUCCAAACCUACAAGAAGCAGAGAUACCCUUGGAUCCAACUAGCUGGUCAUCAAGGCAACUUCAAGGCAGGACCAGACCAAGGCACUAUAUUAAAGAAACUUUGUCAACAAGAAGAGAAGUGUUUUCAGUUGCUGAUGAAAGACGUUCUUCGGCCAUUCGUACCUGAAUACAAAGGACAAGUCACUUGCGAAGACGGAGAAUUGUAUUUACAAUUACAAGACUUGCUGAGCGAUUUCGACAGUCCGUGCGUCAUGGAUUGCAAGAUUGGAGUCAGGACGUACCUUGAAGAAGAGCUCGCUAAAGCCAAGGAGAAGACCAAGUUAAGAAAAGACAUGUAUGAGAAGAUGAUCCAGAUAGACCCUAAAGCACCAACUGAUGAAGAGCACAGGAGUAAAGGCGUCACGAAGCCAAGGUACAUGAUCUGGAGGGAAACCAUCAGUUCCACUGCGACCCUCGGCUUCAGGAUAGAUGGUGUUAAGAAAGCUGAUGGCACCAGCUCCAAAGACUUUAAGACUACUAAGACUAGGGAACAAAUUGUUGAAGCUUUCAAAGAUUUCACUAACAACUUUUCCAAUGCUGCGCCGAGAUACUUAGAAAGACUGAAGAGCAUCAGGGAUACGCUUAAAGAAUCUCCGUUCUUCAGAUCUCACGAGCUGAUUGGCAGCUCCUUACUCUUCGUCCACGACAAAAGGAGGGCUUCCAUCUGGAUGAUCGACUUCGCCAAGACUGUCCCCGUACCAGAAAACGCCAGCAUAGACCACAACUCUGUCUGGAAAGUUGGCAACCACGAAGACGGAUACCUCAUCGGACUGAAUAACCUUAUCUCAAUCUUCGAAUCUCUCAUCAAAGACGAUAAUGGCAACAUAGACCAGUGCUACUCUAACGUUAGUUUAGAUAAAAAUGUUCGAAAAGAUAGCUUCGAUACUUGAAGUAUCGUGACUUGAGAGAAAUCUCGUGAGAAUUGACUGUGCACAGUGAUGUUGUACUGUUAUGCAUUUUCAGUAGUUGUACUGAGCUGUACCGAUCUGAUGGCUUGUUUAUGCGACGCUAAACUUUGAAGAAAUGAAGUUACAGCAUAAGAGAUAGACGUUAUUGAUUAUAACGCAAGCAUCGAUUGAGGGGCGGAUCAAGUUGGGCAUCGCAAAAACAUGUCAACUGACACGAUCAUUUUGAUCGUACCCAUUCACGACUACGUACCUAUAUUUGUUUAUAUUCUUGUAAAUAAUCUAUAGUAUUAAAUAUUAAUGUGUAUUACUGUUAAGUUUAAAAUACUCAAUGCUAGUGUUAGGUUUGGGCACCACCAAUAGUGUUAAUGUUUUUGUUUCAGUAAUGAUAACGUAAAACUAUAUUAUAAGGUUAUUUCAAGUACCUAUUAUAAUGACUUUAACUGAACAGAUUCUGAUCAAUUUAUAGAACAAAUUAAUUAUUGCUAGUAUAAAAGAACUGAAAUACAGUAAAUACAUGGAGAUAAUUUGAAUCUCCUGACUUUAUACCGUAAGUUUUAUAAUAAGAUAUUUGAAACUGGUAUAGUAAAUUCAUAAAUAGAUAUUUAUUUUGCUUUUAAGUACACUAUAUUAGUGUAAUGACUACAAGUCAAUAUAUAAGGCUAAAACAAUCUGAAGGUACUAAAUAAAAGUAAUAUCUUGUCAA